UCCAGCACAUCGAGCUACUACUCAAUCCACCAGAGAACACAGGUACGCUAGGAGAGCUUUGGCGGGAUGCAGACGGCCAAGGUGAAGGCGAAGGACAUGGUGAGCUCGGCGAAGGAGAAGGUGAAGGAAGGGUCUGCCAAGACGCAGGGGAAGGUGGGCGAGGCCACGGCGAGGACGCAAGAAGAGAAGGAGAUGGAGAAGGAGGCGGCCCGGGCCAAGAAAGACCAGGCCAGCGCCGACAAGCACCAGGAGAAGGCCGAGCACCGCGCGGAGGCCGCCACAGGCCGCCACGGCACGCACGUGCCCCUCACCGGGCCGCACGGCGGCGCGGCCAUCGACCCCGCGUAUCCGACAUCCACCGGCACGUACCCGGCGUCGGGCAAGUACAUCUAG